AUGGGGAGAUCAUCUCCUCAAGGGCUCACCACCCAGGAUUUCCACCAUCCGUCUUUUGUCAAUCCUCGGGAUGUUUUUCCAUCAAGAUCGAGACUGGCCGCUCGAGCCCAGGGGUUGAGAACGCCAGUAAAGAAUGGCACAUUGUCCAGGAGUCCGUCCAGGUUUCCUCUAGACUCUCAUAAGUUUGUCUGCUGCAAGGCCGAGGGCGACCAUGAUGAUGACGAUGACGGUCCUCUGUUUCACCCACCCAAUGUCCUGGAUUGCUGUGUUGACUUGGACAGCCAUGGAAACCAACCUGAUUGUUGCGACGAGGUUCGCCAUAAUUCCCCGAGCGCCAUGGAGUGCGAAGAUUGCGUGGACGAUUGUGAAGACUGCGAAGAGGAGCACCAAAUAUUCAACCACCAAAAGAUGUCUGCCACGAUAGGGGGCUUCCUCGACGACUGUGAUGAAUGCCACCAAGAACACGAUAAAAAUUGCACUCGAGCCGACUGCGAUUUCUCUUGUUUCGAUUGCAUUGAUUGGAAUGAAUUUGAACGCGAUAAGUCUCUUGGUCUUGCUUACUCGGUGCCUCUCCUGGGUGACAAUAGCUUUACCAUCCCUCACCAACCACUCGACGAGAUGGAUAUGUUGAAUCUUCCAACCUCAGAAUUUCCCGACGCGCAAGCUGAAGUUAUGGCCCCUCCUCUCGAUAUUCCCAUGCAUCACCAGUGUCUCGGAACCACUGUGCCUUAUUGGAUUGGGAUCCCGGAUACUCAAAUCUGCACUGGCAGUCCAGUUGUUGGCCUACAAACCCAACAAUUCCCUCUCCCUCCUUUCGGUCUCGAAUACGGUUGUCAUCCAGCUACUGCUCAUCAGCAGGUACUGCUGCCGUCCUUUGUCCCACCGACAUCGUCAGCCUACCCCCCCACUCCGGUGGACUCGACACAUAUCCCCUCCCCACCAAGACCAACUUCAGCGCCGGAAGGACCGCUCAACGAUACUAAAGCCCUUUUGUCAGCCGUCUCUGCUCCCUCCACCUCCCGUUCCUGCCAAUGGAUAAUGCCAUGUGGCACAGUCUGCGGCGCCAGCUUUGCCUCAGCAACAGACCUGAAGAAGCACCUGAAAACCGUUCAUCUGAUCAAAGGCGUGGUCAAAUGUGGCUGGCAAGGCUGUGAGAGUGCAAGCUUCGCAUCCGAAGCCGCCUUGACCGGGCACAUAUCCAAGAAACACCUCGCACCUCUGAUAUCCACGAACUCGAACUCCACCACCACAGUAAUCGGCCCUGAUGGCAUCAAAACGGAACAACCCUGUGGUGGUGAUGAGGGCACUUUCAAAUGCACAUUCCCCGGCUGCACGAAAUCGUUCAUGUAUAAACAAGUGCGCGACGAGCAUAUUGCAUCCAGCCAUAAUGGCAACAAGAUGUAUUGCCACAUUUGUGGACAGUUCCUCAACGGUGAGGGCUCGAACUUCAAGCGCCAUAUGGCCACCCACAGACCUAAGCACCAGCACAUGCUGUGCAAGUUUCAUGGCCUAGGCUGUAAACGUCGGUUUCCCAGGUUGGACAAUCUAAGGAGACACGAAGCAGGCUGCAAGUUUGGCAAGAAGGCUGCACUGCUAAAUAGUACCGGUGGUGUCGCGGCCGCUAAGGAUGGCCAUCAUCACCAUCAUCAUGCACACGUCCAU